AUGCACUUCCUCAGACGCUCUACAGGUCGGGCAUCGGUCGUUUCCUCUCCUGAUCUGCCCGCUCUCCGCGAACGCUUCAGGAUGCUGUUGAUUCUGGUGCUAUGUUGCCUCCAGCUCGGUGCUUGCACCGUUGGUCAAGAGGAUACCACCUUCAGAAAAGUAACCAGAAUCGAGACUCUUGUUGAGACUCUCCAGGAUCCAGAUUUCGAUGCACGUGCAGAAUCAGCCGGGAAAGAGCAUGGCAGCAUCAACAUCGAGAGUGUGCUCCCUCCGGCGGCCUCCGUUGGAACGCAUAUGGGCCAGCAACAAGCACACCGCGGUCCCACGAGCCAGCGAAGGCUGCAGCAGUCUAGACUUCAGGACCAAGCCGUCGACACUUCGUUAACGAAUCGUCAUGAGCCUCUUCAUCGUUUUCAGGAGGAAUCUGCACACUCCCGAGGAAUAUCUCGCACUUUGCUCCAAGACAGCUUCGGGUCAGUGACCUUUAGCAGCAAGAUAUCAUCUGAUAGAGAAGUGCACAAUUCUGCACCUGUCGCUUGUGUCCUUCGUCCGAGCAUGUGCACAGCAAUGCGCAUGAGCAUGAGUGAUUUCAUAUCUAACGCCAUACGAGUCCAAUGUGUUGCCACUGUCCCAGGGAGGCCGAUGCGCUCCUGCAAUUCAAGGCCGAAAUCGAAAACUACACGGACAACGCUUUGGAUGGAUGGACAACGGGGAAUCGCUCCACCUACUGCUCGUGGAUGAGGGUCAUCUGCGACGAUGAGCUGCACGUGAUCUCCCUCAACUUCUCCCGGUUGAAGAUGAACGGCACUUUGGGUCCUUCGUUGGGCAAGCUCGAAUACCUUGAGGACCUCGAUCUGAGCCACAAUUUCCUGUUGAGCGAGCUGCCCGUGGAAUGGGGCCGGCUGCAGAGGCUGCAGACCUUGAACAUCCAUGACAAUUUUCUCUUCGGUGGAGUUCCUGCAGAGUACGGCAACAUGUCCAGCUUAAGGGUCCUCUACAUCGGAGUGCAGGGCUGGUUUUUCAAUGGGUCCAUUCCGGAGGAGCUGGGUCUGCUCUCUGAGCUCGAGGUUCUGGCCCUGGGCACGCUCUUCAAUUUCGACGCCAAGCAGGAGUACUACCCUUACCGGUCGAACAAGAUGAGAGGUCCCAUUCCCAAGUCCAUCGCCAACUGCACGAAGCUGUGGUACUUGGAUUUCUUCGGCAACAACCAUCUGACGGGUCCCAUUCCGAGAGAGUACGGCCAGCUCGUCAAUCUGGAGUAUCUGAGCUUCGAGCAGAACAAUUUCACAGGCUCCAUCCCAUCCGAGCUGGGCAACCUGACGAAGAUCAAGUUCCUGCACUUGGGAAACAAUGCCCUCGAGCGAGAGUUCCCCGUGGAGCUGGCAUCGCUGUCGAAGCUCGAGUUCUUGAACGUGGGGACCAACUUCUUGACGGGGAGUUUUCUUACAGUGGAAUCCACUUCAUGGAGUCGGCUCAACAAGCUCUUCAUCGACGGGAACAACUUUCGUGGUGGCUUCCCCAGAGCUGUGACGGCCAUGACGGCGCUGACGAAGUUCUACAUGUUCAACAAUGAGUUCACCGGCGGCCUCCCCGAGAACCUGGGGCAGCUGGCCAACCUCCGACAGUUCAGCUUCCGCAGCAACCAGCUGGACGGGGAAUUGCCCGACAGCCUCAACAACUGCACGCAGCUCUUUCUGCUGGACGCAGCGAACAACAGGCUUACGGGCACGCUGGACCCGCUGAGAAACCUCUCGCUUCUCACGUACAUGAACCUCGGCAGCAGCUACAGCUCGAAGAAAAUCACGUGGCAGAACCUCCGAGGCCACACCCCCGAUCUCGUCCUCAAUUCCUUCACGGGCACCCUCACGGACGACGUCAUCCUUCAGUGGCCGCUGCUGCAGUACAUGUAUCUCGACACCAAUGCCUUCACCGGCCCCAUCCCCAAAGCACUGGGCGAUCUGGCAGACCUCAAGGACUUGCUCCUGAACGACAACGAUUUCCGAGGACACAUUCCUGCCGAGCUCGGCAAGCUGUCAAAUUUGACGCUCCUCUUCUUGCACAAUAACCAGCUGUCGGGGCCCAUACCCACGAGCUUGGCCGACCUGAAGAGCAUCCAUCAGAUCAAUCUGAGCAACAAUUCUCUGACAGGAGAAAUUCCCCCGGAGUUCGGAGGUCUGGAGAAUCUGGAGUACUUGCGCCUGCAUGUCAACGUUCUGACGGGCGGAAUCCCUCCAGAGCUGGGGCGAUUGCAGAAGAUAAUGUAUCUCAUCCUCCACAGCAACAACCUCACUGGAACCAUUCCCGCGUCUCUGGCGAACUGCAGCUCCCUGAGAAACAUCAGGCUGAGCAAGAACAAGCUCACGGGCACGGUGACUCAAAUUGACUUCUUGCAGCUGCGAUCCCUCGAGAGCUUCUCUAUUAACGACAACCAGCUGGGCGGAGGGUUUCCCGUCAGCGUGUACAACUGCACGGAUCUGAAGCUCCUGGACCUGAGCAGCAAUGGAUUCUCAGGGGAACUCCCUGACAACUACGAGUACUCUCAGCCAGUGCUGCGAGAUAUGCGAGUUUUGAGACUAUCAUCGAAUAAAUUCGGCGGCCGCGUGCCCGGCUGGAUCUGGAAGCUUCCGGAGCUGCAAGUGCUCGACUUGUCGCACAACUCGUUCACGGGAGUCUGGCCCACCAAUCUCUCGGGGUUAGAAGGCUUUAGUCGCCUCGAGGCAUCGUCAGACGACGCCGGGGUAGGCAGCAGCGUAAGCAACAACAACAACCCCACGCAGGUCGAAGGGGCGGGGAGAAAAUUGUUUGAGCAAAUCUCCAUUCAGGCCAAAGGUCUGCGACUCGUGUACGAGUACGUCCUCGAGACUCUGAUCUCCAUCGACCUGUCAUACAACCAGCUCUCCGGGAGGCUUCCGUACGCGCUUGAAGAGCUACGCGGGUUGACGUACUUGAAUCUGGCGCAAAAUAAUUUCUCGGGCGAAAUCCCUCAGGUGUUCGGAAAUCUGUUGCUUCUGCAGUCGCUGGAUUUGUCGGCCAACUAUCUCACGAGGAAGAUUCCUGCGGUGCUGACCAGGCCCAGCUUGGGCUAUCUGAACCUCUCCUACAACUUCCUCGAGGGCGAGAUCCCCACGGCGAAUGCUUUCUCCACGAGGUACGACAUUUCGUCCUUCAAGCCCGGGAACAAUCAGCUCUGCGGGCCUCCGCUCGAGACCACUUGUGUCUCGAGCAACGCAAGCGGAAGCUCGGCCACACUCAGGGCUCCGUCGUCCAAGCUCCUGGAUGGAACAUUCUGGCUGGCCUUCGAGAUCGGAACGGCGAUCGGGGUCGUGAUUAUGGUGGGAACGCUGAGCGCCAUCCCCUUCACACGACACCGGCUUCUGCAUCCUCAAGAUUUCGCUCGCCGUUCCAAACACUUAAGUUACGGAGUGUUCAGGGAACCGACAUAGACCGAAUCAUUCAGGAGCUGACAGCUGCGCUCGUGACUGCUCGAGGGGUCCAGCCGGGGCUUAGGAGAGUGUCCACGAAUGGGGAAUCGUUGUCCGCCAUACACAUGUGCUUCUGGGCCCCUAGAGAGCACAACGUUGUCAGCACGGAGUCGUUGCAAUUGGGCUGUGUAAAGUAGAGCCCUCGGAAGGCCAGAUUCCACGACGAUUCAUGAUUGCAGGAUUUUAUUCUCUGUCAUGUGU